AUGCUUAAUGAUAGCGGCAGUCGUCGGGGUUAUUCGCGUAAUUUUGAGAUAUCCGUUCGAUCAAAAGUCCAAACCGGUCUUACGACAGCAUAUUGCCGAGAGGGGACUUUAAUUGACUAAUAACGCGAGACAUUUCUCAGUUAGAUAAAUCUCUCGAACAACAUACAACAUACCUACCGAUAUACCAAAAUGAAAAUGCUUCUGAUCGCGAUUGCACUACUUGUGGCUGUCGAGGCUAAAGCUUAUCAAUGGGCAACUUACGGACCUAACAUUCAAACUGGUAGAGGAAACAACCCUCCUCGCGGACCAACGUGGAUGCAACAACAAAAUCAAAAUAAUAUAUUUGGUCCCGAUGUUGAAUGGGUGUGCCAAAAUCCCAAGACGAAUGAUUUGAUGAUUAUUGCCGCCGAUAACACGCAACACCGUCAUCCUGGUAGAGGACCGUGGCAAAACGUUCCACCGGGACACCAAAAGCAUCAACAGUAUUGGCCUCAACCGAUUAUUAUUGUUGAAGAAAGACCUGAUAAUAAUCAAAUAUCGCCGUCUCCUCCUCUUGAUAAUAACAAUAACAUUAACAAUAACAAUAAUAACAAUGAUAAUCAACCACAAACCACGCCGCAUUAUCAUGGUGGAGAAGGAUUAAUCGAUGUCAGAAUGGGAGCCUAAUAAAUAAUAAAUUGGUAAGGCUCUCGAUGCAAGAUUUAUAUUUCUUAAAAAGACAUUGAUUUAAAUUGCACAAAUAAAAACAAAAAUAUAUACAAUUUUAUAUCUAUAUAUCGUCCCCCUUAUUCCAAAACCACGAAUGUUGCUAAUUUUCCGAUUUUUCAGUAAUAUAAUUUUCUUACCUAAUUUUGGACAACGAUGUCAGAAACGCGAAUGCGAUAGCGACAGUAAAUCAAUGCUUGAAGGAAUUACAAGAAUAAAACAAGAAUCUGAUUUUUCGGAGCAAAUUAAAUUUUCAAAUAGCAAUAACUAAGCUACAAAAUUGCACAUUCGUGGUUGCGGCAUAAAAGUGACGAUAUAUUAUAUAUAUAUUUGAACUCACAUUUAUUAUAUCACAAUUAACAAUUAACAACAUUAAACAAAUAAUAAUAAUCCGUCUGUCUGAUCAAUGUUAUGUUAUAGUUUGGAUAUCAUCUGUAUUAGAAUGUUUCAUACGAUCAAAUCAGAGUCUAAGGAGAUAAUAUCACAAAAGUUAUGAAGAAAUUUCAUAAAAUCAGCUAAAAUUCUUCUACGUAAAAUUUAUAGAGUGGAGUAACUCACUUAUGAGCGAGUCCGAUAUGAUUUACUUGUGAUAAUCAAAUAUAGAUGUAACAUCAUGUAAUUAUCGAAAAAAUCUGCAGAAUAUAAUGUGUUGUCAUUAUA